CCUAGAGCAACACACUCUCCACGACUCAUAUCAAUAUAUCAAUAUUACCAUUUACUUUGUACGUCAUGAGUUCAAUGGUAAGAGACCGAAAGGAACAAAUGGUGAUCCAGUCGUCAAUCGUAUUGCUUCAAGAAAGAUUCAGACAACUUCAGAGAGCGCGAGAGCUAAGAGCUGAGCGUGAGCUCCUAAACCCUAAACCUAGCCACCAAGACAACAACAACAUCUUACAAUAUUACAGCGAACCCACGAGUUUCGGUUUCUUCCAGUUUUUACCUCUAAACUCUCAAACAUCCUCGUCACAGCAUCUCCUCUCCCUCUCCUUAUCCGCGCACUCAACCACUGAUUCCAUUGAAAAGCCAAGCUUUUGUCAUCACUGGCCAAGUAAAGAGGACAAAAAGAUGGGUGGUUUUGAUCGAUACGACGACGUUGAUACGUCUCUGCGUCUCUAGACUCAUAAAGUUGCUCCUCCAUCUUUUUUUGUUUUUGUUUGAAUUUAUAAAUAUGUAUGUAUAAACCCUUUUUUUGGUCAGUAUUCUACUUUUAAGGAGUCUUGUAGGUGGUGAUGAUAUAUGUAUGGUUCAAAUGCGAUCAUAUAUAAUAUUAGUUAUU